GAAACGAAGACAUCGUUAAUGGGAAUCUGAAAUUAAUUUUAGGACUUAUUUGGUCACUGAUUGUUCGUUAUCAAAUCGGGCGAUCGAAAUUUCCACCUAAAAAACUCAUGUUGGCAUGGCUCAAGUCUGUAUUGCCGGAAUGUCGCGUAAAUAAUUUCACCACAGAUUGGAAUUCUGGAAUAUGUCUUUCGUCUUUGUUGGAUUACUGUGAACCUGGAUUGUUUCCCCAUUGGAAAAAUUUGGACCCCAAUGAUAGCGUGAACAAUUGCCGCCGUGCUAUGGAAUUGGCCCGAGAUCGUUUCAAUAUUCCCAUGGUGCUUGAACCUGAAUAUUUAGCUUCACCUUAUCUAGAUGAACUAUCGGGUAUGACGUAUCUGUCCUAUUUUAUGAAAGAUAAGAGUCCUGGUACUAAGGCCACACUGAACUGGGUGAAUAGUCAACUGAAAACUCACACGGUGUCUAAUUUCACAACUGACUGGAAAGACGGUAUUGUAUUAUGUGAAUUGACAAAAUCUCUCGGCGUCCCGGCCAAGUACCAAAAAUCUGACGACCCCGAUGUCUGGGAGUCCAACUUAAACGCUGGGAUGAAUGCUGGUAAAAAGUUGGGCGUCGAACCGCUGUUAAAAGCCAAAGAUGUGUCUAGUCUGAACGCUUCACAUUUAGGCAUGAUGUCUUACGUAUCUAAUUUCCAAUGGGUAAAGCCACGCACCCGACCAUCACAUACCGUACGCGCCCAUAGUGACACCCACACCACUAGAGUAUAUAAACCAACUAGUUUUAAAGUGACAUUUUUGGAUGCAGAAGUAGACCCAAACGAUGUCACGGUGGAAAUAAUUGGACCGGAACUCAAUACUAUACCGUGUAAUUUGAAUUUAAAAUCCAAUGGUGGUACAUGCACGUUCGUGCCACUCAUAAUUGGAAUGUAUAAAGUUACGAUUUUCAAUGGCGACGAUGUGAUCCAAGGGUGCCCAAUGUUUAUACGAGCUAUGCCUGAAGUGUCCGAAAUCAAACACUCUGGUAUGGAGCCAUGUGCAGUYGGAUCAAUAGUCGAAGUCCAGAUAAAUUGUAACGGUGCAAAAGCUCAAAAUAUUCAAGUAUUGGCAAUGAGUCCUGACGGCCGAGAAUUAGAAUGUCCUGUUAAAGAAUCGGGAGAUGCAUAUCGGACGACUUUCCAACCCGACGAACCGGGAGAAUGGACCAUUGCCGUGAAACACCGUGGACAGUUAAUUCAGGGUAGUCCAUACACGUGUUUUGUAUUCGACCCAAAUGGAAUUAAAUUGCUUGGCUUGGAUAGGCCAGCUAUUGCGGGAAGCAUAGUAAAUUGGACUUUAGACGCUAGAGGAACGGGUGGUCUAGGGAAAAUAGAAAUUGACAUCGUACACGAUAAACAGUCACUUCCACAUACGAUUGACCAUUUAGGAAAUUCUAUUUAUAACGUCUCUCUACACACUAGAAGACCCGGAAAAUAUAAAAUUUAUGUUUACUUCAACGGGGCAACUGUUAAAGGCAAAUUAAAAAAUGUUUGUUUAAUGCUUAUGCGCUUCUCUUAUUCAAAUAAUGUACUAACACUAAUGAAGKAUUAUAUAGGUCCUAACGGGUCGGCAGUUCCUGCCCAAGUAAAAGAAUCUGGUUCACAAACAUAUAAAAUUGAGUUCUGUCCUAAAAUUGUYGGUGAACAUAAAAUUGCUGUAAGUUAUCUUCGAACUCCAGUAGCCGGAUCUCCAUUUAGUUGCAAAGUGUAUGAUAUCAAAGCUAUUAAAGUGAAAUCAGUACCUAAGGGUACAGUUGGUCAACAAGUCACUUUUAUUGUUGAAACAAGUCAAGCUGGUCCAGGCAAUUUAGAAGUUACAGUAAAUGGUGGUCGAGUGCCAACUUCUGCUCAAGCUCAAGGGCCACAUACUUAUGCUAUAUCAUUUACACCUCGUCAACCAACUGUUCAUACUGUACAUUUACGUUUUAAUAAUCAUGAUGUACCAGGUUCACCAUUUACUUGCUCUGUUUCUGAAGCUGCUAGAGUGGUUGUYUGGUCAGCUACCGAAGAUAAAGUCGCUGUUGGUAAGAUAGCGUCAUUUGCUGUUCAAUGUGAAAGUAGUCCUCAAGUACAAGUUCUUGCACCUCUUAGGCAUUCUUUACCCGUUACUCUUAUACCUGCUACUCAACCAUCAACUCACAAUGUUCAAUUUACUCCUAUUGAUGUUGGUGACCAUAGUGUUGAAGUYAAAGUAGAUGGUAUWCAUGUUGAAGGCAGUCCGUUUUUAGUUAAAGCAUAUGAUGCUUCUAAAGUUCGUGUUACAGAUAUUAACACAGGAUUUGUUGGAAAACCAGUCAAUUUCAAUAUUAAUGCUAGUGAAGCUGGUGCCGGUAAUUUAGAAAUCAUAGUAUCAGUGAAUGGAGUUAAUGUUCCAAAUUAUGUUCAAUCUGAAGGAAAUGCAAAGUUCCGUGUUAAUUUUAAGCCCCGAGACGCUGCCCCUCAUAGUUUGAGUGUACGUUUCAAUGGUGAACCUAUUCCAGGGUCUCCAUUAACUUGCAGAGUAUUGGAUAUUGAUCAAGUCGCAGUAACUGGAAAUGGCGUUCGAUAUUGUGCCAUAAAAAAGACAGCUGACAUUAAAAUAGAAAGUCCUGAUAUAUCCAAUGAUACAAAUUUCAAAGUCAAYGUAUUUUCACCAUCUGGACAACUGGUUGAUGUUAAAACGAGCAUCAUGGCCAAUGCUAUUGGAGUGUAUUAUAUACCAAAUGAAAUUGGAAGACAUAUGAUAGAAGUUUUUAUAGAAGAUCAGCCAGUUGAUGGUAGUCCAUUUGCUUGUAAUGUGUAUAAUAUAAAUAAUAUAAAAGUUACAGGACUUGAUAGUGCUAAAGCUAGUAAACCAGUUACCUUUAGUGUAGAUGCCACAGAAGCUGGAGAAGGUACAUUGGAAUUGGUUGUUAGUAGUCAAAAAGGCACAGUUAAAGCAGAAGUAGUCGCUUGUUCCAGAGGAUUAUAUGAUGUGACUUUUGUCCCUCAUAAUGCAAUA